AUGAGUGACGUGGAUUUGCCUGCACUGGCCACCAAGCCAGUUUUAACACCGAUAAAAGAAAUAGAUGCAGCAUUGAAAGCAUGCACUUUUGGGAUUUUCCAAAUCAGACUUUUGGCGAUUACUUUCGUGGGCUAUAUGUCAGCGAGUUUGAUUUCCUCUACCACGGGAUACUUACUACCGGUGGCAGAAUGUGAUUUAAAUAUGACAUUAUUACAAAAAGGACUGUUAAAUGCGAUGCCCUACACAGGGAUGUUAUUAUCAGCAAUAAUAGCAGGAUUUUUAACGGAUGCAUUUGGAAGAAAGAUAUUCAUAGUUGUUGGAUUCACAGGCCAAUUCGUAUUCACAGUUGUAGAAGCAUCUAGUCAAACUUACGAACUUCUUGUUGCUGCCAAGUUUUUCGAAGGACUUUUGUUCGCUGCGUGUUUCAGUCCUGUUAUAGCUUUAACAACGGAGUUCUGCAGUAACCACAUCAGGGACCGAGUAAUUUUAUUGCAAUCUUCGUUUGUAGCUAUUUCGCAAAUAUUAGUCACUCUUUUGUCAUGGUGGAUGCUUAUGAAUGACUGGAAAGUGUCUUUCUUUGGAGGAAAAUAUGUGCUCAACACGUGGAAUUUUUAUCUUUACGCCACGUCGUUAUGGCCCCUGGCUGCCUGUGUAAUGUACGGUGUGUUUGUGCCAGAGAGUCCUAAAUAUUUGGUGACGCACGGAAAAUACGAUGAGGCGAGAAACAUUCUGAUUGACGUAUAUGUAAAGAACACAGGAAAACCUGCAGAUACUUAUCCGUUUAAAAAUAUUUGGAAGGACAAAACGAAACAUGCUUUAGACGAAACUUUGGAAUAUCAGGGUGAGCAUACAUUUAAGCAUCACAUCGUGGCAGCUCUUCAUAACGUGAAACCUAUGUUCGAGAAGCCCUUGGUAGUAUAUUUGGCAGCGAUAUGUCUGGCAAAUUAUAUUAUCAUGUCUAUGUAUAAUGUCUUCAGACUUUGGUUCCCACAAUUGUCUGCCAUUGUUGAAAAUUACAAAUCACAGGAUGUACAAGACUUAUGUGUGAUGCUUGAUGCAUAUACGAGCGACCUAAAGGCAAUAAGAAACACUACAGACCUUGAUGUUUGUAUGCCGACAAGGAGUGGUAACGAGACCUACAUAAACAGCAUCAUAGUUGGAUUUGCUUGUUUAGUACCUUAUUUAAUAACGGGUGUACUAGUAAAUAGAGUCGGAAAGAAAAGACUACUAAUGGCAGCUGGGGUAUUAUCAGUGACUGGUACUAUGUGCCUCCGAUGGGCUAACAGCAUAGUUGCUAUAGUUUCCCUAUUUUCAGUAACCAUAGCUGUCUCUCAAAUUAUGUUAAGUUUGAAUCAAGCCUUGACUGUUGAAGUCUUUGGAACAACGACCAGGACAUUUGCAGUAUCUUUGAUGAUGUUCUGGGGUCGUAUCGGUACUUUAAGUGGAAAUGUAGCUUUUCCUAUACUCCUGAACAUUGGUUGUGAAGUUCCUUUCUACACAAUAUCAGGGCUCAUGGUUUGUGUCACAUUUCUGGCUUUAUUUUUGCCUUCGAAGAAGUAG